CACCGAUUCCAAAUAUUCUUGACGAUUUUAUCCCACCCCCCAAGAAAGUUUCAUUGCUCUCUCACUGUUCUUGAUCAUCACCACCAGAAAUCAUGGCUGGACCCCGUCUGGCUUUCGCCGCCGGCAUCAUCACCGCCGUCUUAACCUGCGCGCUCACCGUCUCCUCCUCAAAUAUCCUGCACGCGACCCCACCCCAGGACCCAGAGAUAAUACUCCAAGUCAUAGACAAUGGCCACCACCACCACCACCUUCUGGGGACCCACACGGAACGACACUUCCGGGGCUUCGUGAGGGACUACGGGAAGGAGUACCCGACGAGGGAGGAGUACGUGCGCCGCCUCGGGAUAUUCGCCGAGAACCUGGUCAGGGCGGCGGAGCACCAGGCGCUGGACCCCACCGCGGUGCACGGCAUCACGCCGUUCUCCGACUUGUCGGCAGAGGAGUUCGAGGCUAUGUACUUGGGGGUUAGGGGCGGUGGUGGCGGGGCUCAGUUGGUGAAUGGGGUUAGGGGUACGGCGGAGGAGAUGGAGGUGGAGGGCUUGCCGGAGAGUUUUGAUUGGAGGGAGAAAGGGGCUGUUACUGAGGUGAAGAUGCAGGGUACUUGUGGAUCAUGUUGGGCUUUUAGCACCACAGGAACCAUUGAAGGAGCCAACUACAUUGCAACCGGGAAGCUCCUCAAUUUGAGCGAGCAACAGCUUGUAGAUUGUGAUCACACGUGCGAUGCGAAAGACAAAACGGCUUGUAAUAACGGAUGCUCAGGAGGGCUAAUGACAAAUGCUUACAAGUAUUUGAUUGAUGCGGGAGGCAUAGAAGAAGAGGAUUCAUAUCCAUAUACGGGAAAGCGAGGUGACUGUAAGUUCAAUCCUGAGAAAGCAGCUGUCAAAGUUGUGAAUUUCACCAAUGUCCCUAUUGAUGAGAAACAAAUAGCAGCACACCUCGUCCAUCACGGCCCUCUUGCAGUAGGGCUGAAUGCUGUUUUCAUGCAAACUUACAUCGGAGGAGUCUCGUGUCCGCUUAUCUGCGGCAAGAGGUGGGUCAACCAUGGUGUGUUGCUUGUAGGGUACGGUUCCAAAGGUUUCUCGAUUCUCAGGCUUGGAAACCAGCCAUACUGGAUCAUCAAGAACUCGUGGGGACAGAGGUGGGGGAUGCACGGCUACUAUCACCUUUGCAGGGGACGCGGCAUGUGCGGAAUGAACACCAUGGUCUCCGCUGUUAUGACGCAAACCUAGUAAAACGUACUAUGCGGCAUGUGCGGAAUGAACACCAUGGUCUCCACGGUUAUGACUCACACCUAGUAAAACGUACUAUUCGGGUGCUCGACACUUCUUUCAUAAAAUGGUUAGAAAGAGUUGAAAGAUCAGUAUAUUAGUAAGUUCUUUGUUUAAUCUUCGGUACUUUGAAAA